CUUCCAUAUCACCCCUUACUCAAUUCUAUAUGCUGCUUUACCAUUGAUGUGUUCGCCGUCAAGAGUUUCUCAUGCGUACAAGCCUCUGUCAGAGCCGCUACGGAACGGCCCCAUAUUGGUAUCUCUGCACAUCCUCAACACGGCCAGAGCUGGCAAAUGUGACAGAGCCUCUCCCGUUCUUGUACACUUCUGAGAUCAUAUGUCUGAUAUUGCCAGCAAGAGCGCCCCCGCUCAUGCAAGAGAAGGUUUGGGCCGUCACCUCGACCUGAACACACCACACUCCUGGCUCUUGAGUAAGAGUCCAAAGGAGUCCACAUUGCCUCAAGCGUCCAACGUUGGAAACCAAACCUGUAUUUGCCCAGAUCCUCUAACUAUUCCACUAUGCCUCGCACUAUCACGAAAAACUACAAUUCCUUCACCCGGCAGGGUUCAGUCACCUACGCUCUCCCCUCACCACCGUUCUCCUCGCCAGUCGUGACCAUCACCCUCCCUCCGAAGUCAACAUGGACUUCUGGCCUUCAUUGGCACGAAACCCACACCGAAUAUCUUCAAAUUGUCCGUGGCACCGCGCUGGUCACGCUGAACAAAAGCACCAGGACGUACACCGCCGCAGACGGAAUCGUCACUAUCCCUCGAUUCGCAAGGCAUGAGUGGCAACGAGCGACCGCCGAUGGAGAGGAACUGGUAGUGAAGGAAUGGACAGACCCUGCAGACGGAGCGAAAGAAGUCUUCUUCCGGAACUUGAGUUCUGUGGUUGUUGAUUGUACGAAAAACGGGCCGCCGAAGGAGUGGUGGCUCACAUGGCAGCUGGCAGUUGUGUUUUGGGGAUUGGAUAAUUAUCCUGUAUUUCUGAAAAUAGCGUGGGUGCCAUUGGUCGGCUCAACGCUCGAGUGGGCUCUCACGCAUUUCUUGUUGUUGGCAGCAGUGGUUGCAGGGAAGAUUGUUGGCUUGAAGAGCGCUUAUGGAGAAUAUACUCCAAGCAAUAUCUUGGUGAAGCCUGCCGUGGAGAGAGCUGUGAGAAAUAGGAAGAGUGAGUGAGAAACUCUGGUCAAGUGAAAGAAAACUUAUUGUUUGUUCACAAUAAGAGCUCUGUUUAUCAGGUUCCGUGCAGGUUCCGUGCAGCCUAGUACUGUGGCAUUCGGCUGAC